AUGAAAACAUCCAGCUUGCAAAAGCGCUCUCGGCAAGCUUGGAUUUCACAGUCCUUUGAUCCAGUUCAUGACAGUUCGCCACAGUUCACAAGAAUCAUCGACGAUGCUAAUGAGAGAAGACGCAAGCGGCCGCGAUCUUAUGCCGUUGUGGAACUGGCCCCACGAUCCUGUAGGUGCGAGGUGAUUCAAAAAGUACAAAAUCGUUUUCUGGAGACGUUCCGUGUUCGCAAGACCAACGGAGCAACUUUGUCUCAUACGGAGUUCUGCAAGCGUCGAGCUGCUCGUACUAGUGUGUUCAUGCAGAAUCAGACCCGUCUCUUGCAAAAG